AUGACAGGCCUAUAUUCGGGACUCGGGGGCGGGUCGGCGCCAGAGACGAGAAGAGAGGAGGGGAGGCCUCCGCCGCCGCCGCCAUCUUGGACCGGGCCCGGUCAGCUUCCGCGGAGCCAUCGGCAGACGCCGCGGCCUCCCUUGAGCCCCGACCCCCGUCGUCAGAACAACCCCGGGCCCACUCCCCCAACCCCACUUCCGCUUCGCGCCGCUAUCGCGAUAGCGCCCGGGCCCGGGGCGCGAGAAAAAGGCGGCGGGCGCUCGCCUCCCCCGCCUGUCGCGAUACGCUCCUCAGCGGCGGCGCCAGCUCCUGUGGUGAGAGCGUCAGGCUCGACUGGGCCGGACCCCUUCCCCUCCUCCCCCCGGCGCCAUCGGCCGCCCUUCCGGCAGCCUCCCGCCCUGGCGACACCGCCGUCUGUCGCGACAUGGCCUCCCCUCGCCUGCCCCCUGCCGCCGCCUCUGCAGCGCGGGGCUCCCGGCGGGGGGCGGCUCCCUCCCUCUCGCCCUCCCGUUCCUCCGCCUCUUUCACGCCCCUCAGCGCCGCCCGGGGGUCCUUCCGCGACCCGGACCCCGGGCCCCGCCCGCCGCCACCUCCCCGCGUGGCAUCGCGUCGGGCCCCCCGGUGGGGAUGUGAGGGUGCGAAGCCUCCCGGGCGCGAGGUGCCCGCCCCUCUCCGCGUCGGUAUUGGCUCCUGCCUGGAAGGAUGGAGGCGCCCCUGGUCCCAGGUGCCCGCCCUCUCGGGGCUCAGGUGCCUGCCCCCCUCGGCCUCGGUCCUUCGCGUUGGGGGGCAGCCUCCGCGCCGGGGCUUCUCUCUCGACGGUGGCGGGGUGGGGGGUGUGCCAGCACCCCGGGACGAGGACCUCAGCUGGGUGGGGGAGUCACCCUUCCCAGGACCGAGGCCACCCUCCGCAUCCGUCCUCACUGCUCCCCGGAGCGCAGCCUCCUCUGGGUCUCAGGUUCCAGCUGUCCGUCCGUGUCGGAUGGGAGCCUCUUGGGAGUGGAGUGGAGGAGAAACUCCUCGUUAGUUGGAGCCUUUGCCGAAGUUUGCACCUCUGUAGUCUGCAGCUCUUCCCUCUCGUAGCGAGGAGCGCCCUGGGUGGCUCAAGCCUCGCAUCCCGCUGCACCGGGCGCCUGCCUUUUGAGGGGGUCUGGCUUUCCCCCACCUGGGGUGCAGGACCGUCCUCAGUGUGUGGCCCACGUCUGGCCUCAGCUCUCACACUUCUUGGAUCGUGGUGUCUGCCCCUGGCUUUGCAGCCUUGAACUCCUCUGCAUCCUGACUCUCCGACCUGGGUGUGGGCCUCUCCCGGUGAUGUCAGGGCCACUGUGGUCUUGCUGCUGGGGGCUGCUGGGCUCUCCUGGCGCUCAGGUGCUUGGUGAAGGUUUCGUGGUGAAGGACACUAAGCCCCCACGCUGUCCGUGUUAGUGAGCUCCCACUGCGGGCAGCGCCAGCCCUUCUUUCUGAGCAGUCCCUGCCUCUCGGUGCAGGGCGGCCACCCACCCCGGGGUGAGCUCUCCUGCCCUUUUGGUGAGGGCUUUUGAUGUCUCCCCUCACUCCUUUCACCUCUGCCUGUGAGGCUUCUUCUGCCUUCACACCAGCCUCCUCCUUUAGGGUGUCAUCUCUCCAGGGACCAAGAAGCCCACUGCCCUUGAUAUUUGCAUCAGAUCCCAUACUGUGGGUUUGUUGUCUUCCACCUGCCCUCACACUGGGUGUCACAGUUGGAGAACAAGGGUUCCGCUUUCCUGCCCCGCUGCUGGUACUCCAUGGGAGUAGAAAGCUUCCUAGACCCGGGUUCCUGUACUGCGAGGUGGGGGCUCUUCCCUCUGGGGCUGUGCCUUCUCUCCAGGGUAAGGACCCUUUCUUGGUGUUGCCUCCCCCAGGGAUAAGGUUCUUGCCAUCCUUGGUAUUGGUACGGCUGCUCUUCUGGACUUGAGGUGUCCACGCCUCUGCGUGUGUCCCCACCGUAAGGCUGAGGAUUCCUCUCGGAUGCAGGUGCCCCCGGCUAAUGCUUCCAAAACCCCCUCUUGAUUUUUCACUGUAUGGGGUGAGGCAUAGUUGCCUGGCUGUGUGGAUGUAAGAUACCUGAGUCGCAAGCGGGAGACUCCACUGUAAACCCCGUCCCUGGGACCAGAGACUUCUCUGGUGUAGACUUUCUGAAGUAGGAGUUUCCAGCCCCCCACCCUUGGCAGGGGCAUCUCAGUGGAGAUGACUACCUCCACCCAGGCCCUAACGCAUCCUCCUUCUAGAAUCUCAGAGCCUCUGUGUGGCCAUGUCAGCAGCCACCCGGGUUAAGGAUCACCCUUCAACAUCAGUUCCCAGAGCUCCUUGCUACAGAGGCAGAAGCUCUCCCAGAUCAAAGGCGCCUCAUGACAAAGACCACUGUGUGGGCACAUGACAGCCCUCAAGGUUAAGGACCGCCCGGUAUUCGUUCUCCAGGACUAAGCCUCCUGCCCCUCCCUCCUCGAGUCUUUGUGUGGUGGUAUCAUCUUCCCUGAGGUGAAGUUUGGGGGGCUCUUCUUUACUGGUUUUGGCCCUCAUUUAGGCGUGUUGGCUCCUGUGAGGCUGGUGUCCUGCUCACCCCACCCCUUGUGGGUCCCUGCCCUGUGGGAUGUGUGUUCCUCUUGGGUAAGUCUCCUCCUGGGCCAAGGUUCCCAGAUUCCUCAGUGCUCUUGGAGAGCCUUUGGUGCCAGAGCACAGGUUCUUCACGCCUGGGAGUGGACCUGCGAGCACCACCUUCCUUGGAGGAUCUUGGUGGACGCCCCACUGACUACAGCAAAUGGGGCUCUUUCUUCUCUGGCAGCGUCUCUGCUCCGAGACUCAAGCUCCAGCUUCCCUUCUCUCUGGUCCUUUGCGGGGGGACCAGAGGUACAGACACCCUCAUGAUAUAGGACUUUUCUUAGGGGGGAGGGUGUUGUCUCCGCUGUGACUAAGGCUCCAGCCUCUCUAGGGGACAAGUACCCUGGGCCUGUGGCACUUGCCCCUUCUCUGUGGAGGAGCUGCCUCCUCACUGGGUCUCAGCUGUAGCCGACUUCGAUGUCACGCUGUGCUGUCUGAAACAUCACCUUCCUAGGCUAGGGCUCUUGUCCCCUCCAGCUGGCUGCUGACCCUCCAGCACUUCCUUCUCUGGCUGCCACAGAGUGGUCUCCUCUCUGGGGGUGUUCUUCCUCUGUGCUAGGGUGCCAGUCCUUUCCGUGUGGAGACGCAGGGAGCGUAGCACCUCCCUACGGUGUUGAUCGCUUGUUUAGGGGUGAAGACCAUGAGACCUCUUCUCUCUCUGGGCCGGAGCACCUGCCCGUGACCCUCUGCUGGGUUCCUGGGAUGGAAAGAGGGAGCGUAAGCUCUCGUUUCACAUUCUUGUUCCCCCUAUGCAGUAAGAGGCUUUUCUGUGUUGGGGUGUUGGACUUUGGUGAGGAUCCCUGCACGGCUCAGGGUUGGUGUCCGGGCCUUGCCUUGUGUAAGCUCCCUGGAUCAAAGGGACUUGCCCCUCCUCAGUCAGAAUCCCCACUGUGGCACUUUCCCCUGGGUCCUUUUGUUGCUUUGCCUUCCUGGAGAUUCCCCGGGUGUGGCAUGGUAGCUGACUCUGGGCGGGGGUGCUGCCUUUUGCUUUAGGUUGGGCCUUUUACUGAGGAGAUUUAAGUCCCCUCAAGUGUCAGGUAGCACCCCUACCUGUGACCACCCAGAAUGGGUCCCGGCAGUGUUGGGAAAGUUCUCCCUGGGGUUAGGGUACCAGCCCUGUCCUCUAUGGGCUUCUUGUUCUAAAGCACACCCGUCCUAUAUGGUUGCUGCUAGUCACAUGUGGUGAUUAGUAACUAGUUAAAAAUGAAAAAUUCGGUUCUUCCAUUACACUUGCCAUAUUUCAGAUGUUCAGUGGCCAACAGAUAAGCAUGAAUAGAGUGUUUCCAGCAUUGCAAAGUUCUGUUGGACAGCACUGUUUGCCAGAUGUUCCCUUCCUUGUGGGUGAGGACCCUCUUGGUGUGACUUCCCCCUGUAUUGAGGUUCUUAGUCCCCAGUAUGGGGCUGUUUCUGUCUUUACAGUAAGUGACUACUCCCGGGUGUCCUGCCCUGCACAAGUAGAGUGGGAGCGGCCCCUGGAUCCCAGGGAACUGUGCUUUUCAUUAUAGGCCCCCUCCCUGGAGGGGAAGAGGGCAAUCUCCACUGGUAUCUCAGAAGUCUUCUUAGCAUAAGCCUCUCUCCCCAGGGCUCCCUGGUCUCGCUGUCAGGCCCUAAGGUGUGUCUUCCCUUGGACUCAAGCUCCUUGGUACUCCCUUUUGACCUCAGUCUUCUCUGGGUUCCAUGUAACUUCCUUUAAAAUAAAGACGCUCCUCUCUUUAAGUUUUGGGUUCCUGUCCUGAUGGUGCAUGUUUCCCUGAGUCUAAAUUCCCAAUCCGCUUGAUAUGGGAUUCCUUCGUGUGUGCAGAUUGGCUCCCCACAGCUGUGGUACCUUUGCACCCUCUUAUCUUAGUAAGAUUUCUGUUUUCUCCCAGGUCUCUCUUGGGUACUGCCUUCUGUCCCCAAAUCUCUAACCUUCUUGGUGUCAGUUUCUUUGGGUUAGGAGUGUUAUUUCGAUUUGGUUUAAGGAUCCUGCUCUGGAAUAAAUUUCUUGGUGGUUUAAGUCCCUUCUGCUUGGCAUUCAGCCCUGUCUGUAUGAGUGGGUUCAGCUCUUCAUAGUUUUCGGCAUCUCUGCUCGCCGUCAUUUUCCCCCACCCCCAGUCUUUCUUCUCUCACCUACAGCUUACACACACACACAACACACACGCACACGCCCUUCUCUGUGAGCUGCCAGUUUCGCUUGUCUGCUGGCUUGUCUGAGGGAUGACCUCUUCUAGCCACCUCUGUAGCCAGCCCCUCUGAGUAGGAAGUGUGAUCUGCAGGGCUAAUGCCUUCAUCCCAGUCAUCAGCUGUGUGCAGCAUGACUUUGUCCUGCUCUGAAAAAUCUUUUUGAGUGUAAUCUGGGGAGAAGGGACUCCAUGCUACAGGAAUUUUCCACUUCCUGAGUCAGAGGCACACAAAAAAGUGUAACUUUUCUUGUUUCAACAAACUUAUGGGGUCCUCUGUUGGCCAGACACUACGCUGGGCAGUCAAGUGAGCAUCAGGAGAACUGGGACUGGUCUCUUGUCAGAUAGCAAAUGCUUCUUUCCUCUACCAGUCCCACCUACCUCACUGUGCUGACAAGGUCCGUGUCUCUGGGUUUUUACCAGCCGGAGAAUACGUGUUAAUUCUUCUCCAAUCU